GCGUAGUAGCUAUAACACAGUGGUAAAAGUUAUUUCUUUGAUAAAAUUUGCAUAUGAAAAUAAAUAUUUUGCGAAUCUUUAAUUUUGUAAACUGUAAUGUGGUUUUUGUAUUUUCUAAGUUGGAUUUCUACAGUUGUACAGCUAUGCUUAAUAAUUUUAGCAGUGGCGGCAGGACUUUAUUACCUGGCGGAACUCGUGGAAGAGUUUACAACCCUGACUGGUAAAAUCAUUAAAGCCCUCAUUUUGAUGACACUGUGUAUAUAUGGCUGCCUUUUCCUUUUUGAAGACCUUCCCUUAUCGUUGAUCAUAUGGGGAGUGGCUAGUCAAGUUGCACAUCUUUUUAUGCUACGCACCUUCCCAUUUUUUGUUUUGACGUCAGCACCGUUGGUUAUAACAGUCGUACUUGUAUUUUACAACCACUACCUUGCCUUCAACUAUUUCGGGUCUGUGUACCAUCCUUUUUCUGAGGUCUUGGCGUAUUUCACACUUUGUUUGUGGAUCGUACCUUUUGCCUUUUUCAUUUCACUUUCUGCCAACGAAAACAUCUUACCAACAGUUUCGGAGUCUAAACCUAUUGUAUCAGAGGACAGUGAUGUUGUGACAAAUUAUUUCUCAAGACGCAGUAAGCGUUACGGACUGUUGUCAUUUUUUAACUAUGCCAAAGAAAGCAUUCUGCCACAAGGAGUAAAGAAGAAAUUUUAAUGCGAUCUAUUCUUUAAAACUGUACAGUAAAUUAAGUUUGUUUUUGACUGUUUUUCUUUUAAAUAUUUGUUUAUAAUAAUAAAGAAGUCUUCAUUUGUGAAAGUAACAAAGUAAUAUAUUUAAACAUGCCUGUUUAUAUUUUUUUUUGUUAUCUCUACCUACAGCUUCUGUCUAUUACUUGUAGAGCCACAGGUAAACUCUCUAACUUUUGUCAAAUAACCAAGCAGCCUAAUCAGCAAUAAUGAAUAUAUUGUAUAUAUAAUAAAUCAUGAUAUAUUAAA